AAGGUUUGCUAGUCCUCGCCACCGCUGCCGCCGUCGGAGGUGUUCCCUGGGUUUGCCUCGCCGCCGCCGCCGCCGGGUCCCCGCAGCCCGCCUUGGCCCGUGCGCAACCACUCUCCCUGCCCUCCUCGCCUCCACCACUCCCGGGUUUUUGCCAUCGGGGCGCCGGGGUCGGGCGAAUGAUGCCGUCGGAGAGUGGCGCUGAGAGCCCGGAGCGGCCAGCGGCGCAGGUGGGGACGCAUGAGGACCCGGCAGGGGCCGCAGCCGGGGCGGCCGGCGGCGGCCCGGACCCGGAGGCCUCCUCGGCUUCCCUGGGGCGGCAUCAGAGCCGGCUGAGCUGGCCACAGGUGAAGCGGCUGGACGCGCUGCUGAAAGAGCCGAUCCCCAUUCACGGGCGGGGCAACUUCCCCACGCUGAGCGUGCAGCCCCUACAGAUCGUGCAGGUGGUCCGCAGAAGCCUGGAAGAACAGGGAUUGCGUGUGCACAGCGUUCGUCUGCACGGCUCAGCCGCCAGCCACGUGCUGCACCCUGAGAGCGGCCUCGGCUACAAGGACCUGGACCUAGUGUUCCAGAUGGACCUGCAGAGCGAGGCCUCCUUCCAGCUCACCAAGGCCGUGGUCCUGGCUUGCCUGCUGGACUUCCUGCCAGCCGGAGUGAGCCGGGCCAAGAUCACACCGCUGACGCUCAAGGAAGCCUAUGUGCAGAAGCUGGUGAAAGUGUGCACGGACCUGGACCGCUGGAGCCUCAUCUCGCUAUCCAACAAGAGCGGUAAGAACGUGGAACUCAAGUUCGUGGACUCCGUGAGGCGCCAGUUCGAAUUCAGCGUGGACUCCUUCCAGAUCGUCCUGGACUCCCUGCUGCUCUUCGGCCAGUGCUCAUCCACGCCAAUGUCAGAGGCCUUCCACCCCACCGUGACAGGCGAGAGCCUGUACGGCGACUUCGCCGAGGCCUUGGAGCACCUGCAGCACCGCGUCAUCGCCACGCGCAGCCCCGAGGAGAUCCGCGGCGGCGGCCUGCUCAAGUACUGCCACCUCCUGGUGCGGGGCUUCCGGCCGCGGCCCAGCACGGACGCCCGCGCCCUGCAGCGCUACAUGUGCUCGCGCUUCUUCAUCGACUUCCCCGACCUGGUGGAGCAGAGGCGCGUCCUGGAGCGCUACCUGGAGGCUCACUUCGGCGGAGCGGAGGUGGCGCGCCGCUACGCUUGCCUCGUGACGCUGCACCAGGUGGUCAACGAGAGCACCGUGUGCCUCAUGAGCCACGAGCGCCGCCAGACGCUGGACCUCAUCGCCAUGCUAGCCCUGCAGGCGCUGGCUGAGCAGGGCCCCGCUGCCACGGCUGCCCUGGCCUGGCGGCGGCUCGGCUCGGAAGGGGUUGUGCCCGCAGCCCCCGUUAAUUACUAUGUGACCCCCAUGCAGCCUCUGCUGCCCCGGGCUCACUCCUACCCCACCUGGCUGCCUUGCAACUGACUCUGAGCCGGGCCAGGAGGGAAUGAGCUUCAUGGGGGGUGGGGUGGGUCAUCAGGUAUGUGUGGAGGAUGUUACCAGACACAGGCCGCCUGUGCCAGCUGGCCCGGCACUGUAGGGCUGGGCCUUUGAACAGACCUGACUUUCCUGCGCCAGGCAUCUAUGGGCUUAAAACCAAGUCUGGGUUCUUGACGGAAGGCCCUUUUGGCCUGGUACCACCCUCUUGGACCUGCAUGACUGUGGGGACACAGGCUACUUGUCCUGAAAAGACAGACAGCUUUGGCGGUAGCCUCAGAAGCAACACAGUGGGUUGAUUCCCAUGGCCUAGAAGGGGUCAGCCCAUAGAGGCAGAAGUUCCUACACAGGCUAAAAUAUGAUACCAUGUAACAGGACUACUCUCUUGGGGUCCAGCUGAGUCCAUCAGAGAGCCUGGUGGUCCCACCUCGCUGAUCAUUAGGAAGAGCAAAACUAAGUCGUGAGGCAGCUUUCUGGGUUUUCUGCAGGGAUGGGAAUUCGGUCUCCUGAAACCUGUGUCCUUGCCCGAGGCUGUAAGGACUUCCUGUGGGCUGAGGUGAUAGUGGACAGAUUCCAAACAGCCAGAAUAGGCACAACCCAUAACCCCCCUCCCCCAGGGUGUCCCCCCCUCUCCCUUCCCUUGUGCCUCCCAGGAGCCCUGCUGUCUGGGCGCUUCUGUUGGAGGCUCCUAAGUUCAAAGCUGCCACAACACAGUCUACUACUCUGACCCCACUUGCUUGGUUAUAGGCCUUUCACACCGUGGAGGGAGGCACGGCCCACCUCUUUUCCCAUUCCUCUGGAUUUGUUGCUAUUUUGCACUCUUCCCACCAAUAAAGAUUGCCUACACUGA